UCAUCCACGCCGGGACGUCGGGAGCAGGCGGGACGCGCUUCGGCCUUGGACGGUGAGGUCUGCGGGAAGCGAUGAAUUUUGAGGUGGAGAGAGAGAUGGGAUUCAUCAACAGCCAGCCGUCCCUCGCCGAGUGUCUGACGUCGUUCCCCGCAGUCCUGGACGCCUUUCACACUUCAUCAAUCAAGGAGUCGACAGUAAUUCCGCCUCCCUUCGAACACAUCAUCCCCAGCCUCAGUCCGUGCGCCGCCGGCGGCCAGGCCACACCGCCGGCGUGCGGGAGCCAGCGGGACCGCCGCAGGGUCCACGGUCCGCCGGCGGGGCCCCUGGCGCACAAGUUCCCGUGGAUGAAGGAGAAGAAGUCGGCCAAGAAAUGUCUGAAAGCCGCUGCUGGAGCCGCCGUCCCGCCCGCCUCGUCCUCGCCGUCGCACGCCGCCUCCGGGUACGCUUCGGCGGGCGCCGAGUCCCCCUCAGAUCCCAACCAGGCCGGCUCGGAGGCGGGGGGUUCGGCCUCCCGCCGGCUACGCACCGCCUACACCAACACGCAGCUGCUGGAGCUGGAGAAAGAGUUCCACUUCAACAAAUAUCUGUGCCGGCCCAGGAGGGUGGAGAUCGCCGCCCUGCUGGACCUGAGCGAGCGGCAGGUGAAGGUGUGGUUCCAGAACCGGCGGAUGAAGCACAAGCGGCAGACGGUGCACCAGUCGUCCGGCAGCCUGGAACCGCUGGAAGGCGCCGACGCCUCGUCUCCGUACUCCAGCCAGCCAGCGGGGGAGGACUCGGACGGCGAGGCGGGGAGCGGCCAUCCAUCUUCCGCCCACGUGCGUGACAGCGGGGACAAUGCGCGUCCCACGCAGGAGGGCGGGGGCUUACCGGCGCCCGUCGGCGAGGACUCCGACACGCUCGCCGCCGCCCAGAAGCGCGGCGGGGACGGGAGCUGCGAGUCGUCACGUGGGCCGUCCACGACCUCCAAGGUGUGCGAGCUGGGCUUCUUCUCCGACGAAGACGCGAUUUUGUCGCUGCAAAGUUCCCUGAACAGUCCGGUGAACUUCUCGGAGGAGGACUUGGACUUGUUCACCAGCACUUUGUGCACCAUCGACCUGCAGCACCUCAACUUCUGAUCCCGCGUGACGUCACGGGCUUUUUUGUCCCUUUUCUCAUUCCAGCUGCUGUUUCGGACCAAAGGGUGGUGUCGUUUUUCAUCAUUACACAGAUGAUAUUUCAACAUUAUGCAGAUUAUAUUUCAACAUUAUACAGAUUAUAUUUCAACCAUAUACAUAUGUUAUUUCUACCUUAAACAGAUUAUAUUUCAACAUUACACAGAUAAUAUUUCAACAUUACACAGAUGAUAUUUCAACAUAAUGCAGAUUAUAUUUCAACAUUAUACAGAUGAUAUUUCAACAUUACACAGAUGAUAUUUCAACAUUACACAGAUGAUAUUUCAACAUUACACAGAUUAUAUUUCAAUAUUAUACAGAUUAUAUUUCAACAUUACACAGAUGAUUUUUCAACAUUACACAGAUGCUAUUUCAACCUUACAACGAUUACAUUUCAACCUUAAACAGAUACAUUUUUUUAACAUUACACAGAUGAUUUUUCAACAUUAUACAGAUGAUAUAUCAACAUUAAAAAGAUUAUACUUCAACAUUACAUGGAUGACAUUUCAACACUACACAGAUGAUAUUUCAACAUUACACAGAUUAUAUUUCAACAUUAAACAGAUGAUGUUUCAACCUUAAACAGAUGAUAUGUCAAGUGAGUCUGGUGUGUUUAUGAAAAUGUUUGAUGAGGCGUCUACUUCCUGUGUAGCGAGAGGUGGCGUGUGAAAGGUUAGCGAGCAGCUUGCCUCUCAGAGUCCGAGUGUUGUGCUAACUUGCUGCCCCUCCUCCUCUCAGCUAAAAUGGCUGCAGACAAAGCAGGAUGCAAACAAUGAGCGAUGGCAGCCAUUACAGGAUGAGUGUGUGCUUGCAGACAGCUGAAGGCAACAUGGAGACUCACACUUUGUAAAUAUUCAUCAAUAAUC